CAAGAUAAAGAUAGCGCUAAUGAAGAGUCUGAAUUCACAUCAACCUCUACUUCAAAAAGCCAUGAUGGUGAACCAAGCAAUCAUGAAUCUAGAGAUCAUGAUAGAGGUCGUGGUAGAGGCCGUGGUGAUGAACCAAGUAACUGUGAAUUUAGAGGUCAUGGUAGAGAUUGUGAUAAAGGCCGUGAUGAUGAACUAAGUAACUGUGAAUCUAGAGGUCGUGGUAAAGGUCGUGGUGGCUAA